UUCUGGGUCACGUGGGCGGAGGGGCGGGCGGAGGAAGCUCGCCGCCCGCCCGGAGCCAAGAUGGCAGUGUGCAUUGCGGUGAUCGCCAAGGAGAACUACCCGCUGUACAUCAAGAGCGUCCCCACCGAGAACGAGCUGAAGUUCCACUACACGGUGCACACCUCGCUGGACGUGGUGGACGAGAAGGUCUCCGCGCUGGGGAAGGCGCUGGUGGACCAGCGGGAGCUCUACCUCGGCCUCCUUUACCCCACCGAAGACUACAAGGUCUAUGGUUACGUGACAAAUUCCAAAGUGAAGCUUGUGAUGGUGGUGGAUUCUUCCAACACAGCGCUCCGAGACAACGAGAUCCGCAGCAUGUUCAGGAAAUUGCAUAAUUCUUAUACAGAUGUCACGUGUAACCCCUUUUAUAAUCCUGGAGACCAAAUCCAGUCCAGCAGAAGGCUGGAUAGAAGUCCCUGAGACAGCCACAGGACCCUGCGCGCCUGCAUGGGAAAGCAAAUGCAGACAGCAGGGGGAGCAGGGGAGGUGAUGACCACCUUUCACAAACCCUGGGAUUCAUACAUUAUACUAGCCCUAAGUUGCUUAGUUCUGGCUUAGCAAAUUAACAUGAUGCCUGAA